CCUCUCUCCAUCCUCCAACGGCCUCGAACACACUCGACCGUAUGGCCACCCAUCAAGACGGUCGAUAUCUUUGACGGUUCCACGGACCAUGCCACCCAUGGCUUCGAUGAACAGCAUCGGGUCUCCUGUACGAAACAUCCCGGGCUUCGGUCAUGUCUCCCCUUAGGCUAAUUCUCAGGACCAGGAUUAUAACGGCGCCCCCUCCAUGAUCCGACACCAGAGUCAUUCGGCCCUCCCUUCCCGGCCACAAUGGGUCGACGAUGCGAUGUUGAGGUCUCACUCAUCGACGGCUGCCAUAGAUACCACGGCGGCGGCUUCGCCAUGUAUCCCGUCAUUUCCUGGCACCGCUCCGGCCAACUUUUCCGACGACGGAUCUAGCUCAUACUCGUUGAGCAACGCGGAUGAGUACAGCGUCGUUGACUUUAAACAGUCGAUGCUGCCAGUAUGUGAUGUUACUGAGUAUAGCCCACUUGAGUACAUCCACGCAAUGGAGGACACCUCCAGUGGAGCCACUCAAUCAUGUUGGGCUGAUAACCCAACCGAGCAAUUUGCUGCUCAAUUCGAGGUGUCGCAGUUUGGCUGCACACCUCUGAUGACAAUGGAAAUGAAGAUGCAAAGUUUACCCCUCUCACGCACCUCAACAGCAUUAGAGCUGACAGAUGCAUCUCCCUUGUCGAGUGAAAUGACUCGAGAUAACAGUUGGAAUACCAGCACCACUAGUGGUGCUGAUCUUACAAUGGUUCGGAGUGACUCGAGUUUCUCGAACAUCUCCGAUUUCAAUUUUACUGCAGAACAACCUCCUUUGGGUUGUUCCGACGUUCCUUUGUUUAGUCAUGUUGAUGUUUUUGGUGAAGAGCAAUCUUCACUCGCGCAAUUCUCUUCCCCUAUGACUGGUGUGUCACCGCACCAGUCACCCUUAUCCUUCACACCUUGCAACAACGUGCAAUCACGAAACACAGCUCAACGCAAUGAUGCAGGCAACCCGACCCAGUCGCGGUUGUCCCUGCGACACCAGGAGCAACUGAUGCAGUCCUCAAGACCCAUUGCUGCCAAAGUUGCUAACGACCAAAAACCCGUCACCAUCAAAGAAGCCUCCGACCACCGUAUGAUGCGCAUCACUUCCCGCGACGGCCACUCCAAAGAAGUCGCCGAAAUCACCAAAGUCCCCUACAUCCGCCCCUCCUACCCAAAGCUCCAAUGUGACCUCUGCAACGAGUACCCCGACGGCUUCCGCGGCGAGCACGAAAUCCGCCGCCACAAGGAGCGCGUGCACUCCACCCGCCGCCGCGUCUGGGUCACCAUCGAUGCCUCCCCUGACGGCAAGUUCCUCGCGAACUGCAAGCACUGCACCGGCGGCAAGAAGUACCACGCGUACUACAACUGCGCGGCGCAUCUGCGGCGGGCGCAUUUCAACCCGCGCAAGCGGGGGCGGAAGAGCAAGCGCGAUGAGAAGCGCGGGGGGAAGGGCGGGGGCGAUUGGCCGAAGAUGGAUCUGCUGAAGUCGCAAUGGAUGAAGGAGAUUUAUGAGACGGUCGAUCCGGUGGAGGAGAGAAAUGAUGGCGUGGAGGGGGAAUCAUCGCCGCUCGAGAUGGGCGAGGCCUAUCCUUCGCAGUCGAGUGAUGAUAUGCUCGACACGGUGCAGUUCGAUGUCGAUUUCGGCAUGGUACCUGAGGCGGCUGCGGGGUAUGGGUUCUCCAACACAUACCCCUUCGAUCCGAGUGUGCCGGACAUGAGUGCCGGCUACUUUGCGACGACGGAAGAUCCUUAUUGUUUCCCCUGGAGGGGUCUAUAGUUCUGACGUGUUUUUAAUUUUCGCCUACCUUUCUUCUCUCUCACACUCCGUUGUACGAGCGGAGUUCACAGUCGGGUUUAUUGCUUUCAUUGGCGUUUGGACCUAGCAUAGUGGGAUUUUCUCGUGCCUAGGGUUCUAGUUGGGUGCUUUGGAUUACUGUUUUAUUGGUCUGUAACUUAGUUUUAGUCUUCUUCUUGUACAUACGUCUCGGAUCGCACGGGUUGAUGGGAGUAACGGUCACGAUGUCAUGAGGGAACGGUAACAGAAAUGGCACGGCA